AUGCCUACCACUCUGCGUCUUCAUGGCUAUGAAGCCACGGAUAUCCAUCGUUACAUUGAACUCUUGAUCCACAACCUUGUGAACAUCAAAGACACAACUGGUCGUUUCCUACUCAAACUUGACGACGGUCGCAUCAUCGAUACAAAAGGUCAGCCAGCACCUCUAUCAACUCCCCCACUCAACAGUAGCAUACUAACAACACCCACAGGUUGGAACGACUGGGAAUGGACCCACGGAAUCGGUCUUUACGGCCUAUACCAAUACCACACCUUGACCGGCUCAGCAUCCGCCAUGUCAACAAUCCAACAAUGGUUCCAAGGCCGCCUCGCCGAAGGCACAACCAAAAACAUCAACACCAUGUCUCCCUUCCUGACACUGGCUUACCUGUACGAANAAAGCAGAGACACCACACACGAAGCCUGGCUAGACUCUUGGGCAGAAUGGGCAAUGUACGACUUGCCUCGCACGCCCUACGGCGGAUUCCAGCAUAUGACAUAUUUAAGCGACAAUCAUUACGAGCUCUGGGACGAUACUCUGAUGAUGACUGUUAUGCCUCUUGCAAAGAUUGGUCUCCUGUUGAAUCGCCCUCACUACGUCGAAGAAGCAAAGCGUCAGUUCAUGCUUCAUAUCAAGUACCUGUUUGACACAAAGACUGGACUCUUCUUCCACGGCUGGAAGUUUGACGAGAACAGCCCUGGCGGUGUAGGCCACAACUUUGCAGAGGCCAGAUGGGCAAGAGGAAACAGCUGGGUCACGAUCGUUAUCCCGGACUUUAUCGAGUUGUUGAACUUGCCGAAAGAUGACGCAUUGAGAAUCCAUCUGAUCGACACCCUGGAAGCUCAGUGUAAAGCUCUUGCGAAAUCACAAGGCGAGAACGGUAUGUGGCGCACAUUGCUUGACGUUCCCACAAGUGAAGGCAGUUACGAAGAAGCUUCUGCAACAGCCGGAUUCGCCUACGGUAUGUUGAAGGCCGUACGGAAGCGAUACAUCAGCAAGGAGUACGAGGCAGUUGCUCUCAAAGCUGUAAAAGCUGUGAUUGGAAGCAUUAGCGAGGAUGGAGAACUCCAGAACACCAGCUUCGGUACUGGCAUGGGCAGUGAUCUGCAGCACUACAAGGACAUUCCGAUCACCAGUAUGCCAUAUGGACAAGCGAUGGCAAUGAUGAUGCUAGGAGAAUACUUGAGGGUCUUUGUCUAG